AUGGCGUCUUCAUCAAACAAGAAAACAUUGCCGAACUCACCAUCAUCCGUCGGCCGGCCCCCGUCAUCGGCGGUCAAAUUUGCUCGCCGGACGUCGAGCGGGCGUGUGAUGAGCUUGUCCCGGGACGAAGACUUGGACAUGAGCGGAGAAAUGUCAGGCGAAAAUGACUACAUCAAUUACACGGUGAUGAUGCCGCCGACGCCGGACAACCAGCCCGGAGAGGAAUCAUCCAAGCAGGAAAAUAAUCCAGGGCCUUACGGAGCGUCACGGUUCGGGACAGAGUCGAGACGACGGCACGACGGCGGCGGCGGCGAAGGGUCGAAAAUGGAUAGGAGAAUGUCGGUGAUGAACUCAUCUAAUAACAAAUCAAUAUUGUUGAGAAGCCAAACUGGGGACUUCGAUCACAACCGUUGGCUGUUCGAGACCAAGGGAACGUAUGGAAUCGGAAACGCCUUCUGGUCGCAGAAGGACGAGGACUCGUAUAAUGGGGACAAUGGCGAAAUGAACAUGCAGGACUUUAUUGACGAUAAGCCAUGGAAGCCCCUCACCAGGAAGAUUUCAAUACCUCCUGCUAUUCUUAGCCCUUACCGGUUAUUGGUGGCGGUUCGUCUGGUAGUUCUAAUGUUUUUCCUAGUGUGGCGAGUACAAAAUCCAAACCCAGAUGCAAUGUGGCUAUGGGGGAUUUCCAUAGUUUGUGAGAUUUGGUUUGCAUUUUCAUGGCUACUCGACAUACUUCCCAAAAUGAACCCCAUAAACCGUGCCACAGACUUGGACGCUCUACACGACAAGUUUGAGCAGCCCUCACCGGCAAACCCCACCGGAAGGUCUGACCUGCCUGGUGUUGAUGUCUUCGUGUCCACUGCCGAUCCAGAUAAGGAACCGCCUCUUGUCACAGCCAACACCAUGCUCUCCAUCCUUGCUGUUGACUACCCUGUGGAAAAACUUGCGGUCUACAUUUCAGACGAUGGCGGAGCCAUUCUCAAUUUUGAGGCCAUGGCGGAGGCUGUGGCCUUUGCUGAGGUGUGGGUACCCUUCUGCCGAAAACACAACAUAGAGCCAAGGAAUCCGGACAGUUACUUCAACAGCAAGGUAGACCCAACCAAGAACAAGAAGCGGCCCGAUUUCGUCAAGGACAGGCGUUGGAUCAAGAGAGAGUAUGAUGAGUUCAAGGUGAGGAUCAACGGUCUGCCUGAUGUAAUAAGGAAACGGUGUGAAAUGCACAACGCUAGAGAGGAAAGGAAGCUCACAAAGGAAACAAGUACUGGUGGAUCAGCUCGAUCAAUAGAGACUGCAACUGAUAAUAUUGCUGCUGACCCGGCAGCCUCCACAUCCGCCAAGGCCACGUGGAUGGCCGACGGAACACACUGGCCGGGGACAUGGCUGGAACCUACUGCCGAUCAUAAAAAGGGAGACCAUGCUGGCAUCUUACAGGUGAUGAGUAAGUUUCCAGAUUGUGAACCUGUGAUGGGUUUUCCUGAUGAGAAAAAGCUAGACUUCACAGGAGUGGACAUUCGGGUCCCCAUGUUUGCAUAUGUUUCCAGGGAGAAGCGACCUGGCUAUGACCACAACAAGAAGGCAGGAGCCAUGAAUGCCAUGGUUAGAGCAUCAGCAGUAUUGUCUAAUGGAGCGUUUAUACUCAAUCUCGACUGCGACCAUUAUGUCUAUAACUCUAAGGCUAUAAAAGAAGGAAUGUGCUUCAUGAUGGACCGUGGAGGAGAUCGCAUUUGCUACAUACAGUUCCCCCAGAGAUUCGAAGGGAUCGAUCCAUCUGACCGUUAUGCUAACCAUAACACUGUCUUCUUUGAUGGAAAUAUGAGAGCCUUGGACGGUCUGCAAGGGCCAGUGUACGUGGGAACUGGGUGCAUGUUCAGGCGUUUUGCACUCUACGGUUUCCACCCCCCAAGGGCGCAUGAGUACUUGGGGGUGUUUGGCCAAAAAAGAACUCCAGCACCACAGUAUCAGACUAACGAUUCUAUAAGAUUACGGCCUUCUGAAGAAGCAGACGAUGCAGAGCCUCUAGCAACUAAUGAUCACCCCGACUUGGGACUCCCAAAGAAGUUCGGAAAUUCUCAAGUAUUCACUGAUUCCAUAGCUGUUGCUGAGUUUCAAGGACGGCCUCUUGCUGAUCAUGAAUCAGUCAAGAAUGGCCGCCCUCCUGGCGCGCUGCUCGAACCUCGACCCCCACUUGAUGCACCCACUGUUGCCGAAGCAGUUGCUGUUAUAUCCUGCUGGUUUGAGGAAAACACUGAAUGGGGAGAUAGGAUCGGUUGGAUAUAUGGAUCGGUGACUGAGGAUGUGGUGACAGGUUAUCGAAUGCACAACCGUGGAUGGCGGUCUGUGUAUUGCAUAACCAAGCGUGACGCGUUCCGUGGCACUGCACCUAUCAACCUGACAGACAGAUUGCACCAGGUGCUUCGAUGGGCCACUGGUUCAGUGGAAAUCUUCUACUCUAGAAACAAUGCAUUCCUGGCGUGCAAACGCCUCAAGUUUCUACAGCGUAUUGCAUACCUCAAUGUCGGCAUCUAUCCCUUCACCUCCAUCUUUCUGGUGGUGUAUUGUUUCCUCCCAGCACUCUGCCUCUUUACAGGACAAUUCAUAGUGUCGGGUCUGAGUCUUCCCUUCCUUUGCUACCUCCUUACCAUCAGCAUAUGUCUCAUUCUUAUAUCUAUACUAGAAGUCAAAUGGUCCGGCAUUGGACUUGAGGAAUGGUGGCGUAAUGAGCAGUUUUGGUGCAUUGGUGGAACCAGUGCUCACCUUGCCGCUGUCAUCCAGGGACUCCUCAAAGUCAUAGCAGGCAUUGAAAUUUCCUUCACCUUAACCUCCAAGUCUUCCGGGGAAGACGAAGACGACAUUUACGCUGAUCUUUACAUCGUCAAAUGGACAAGUCUCUUCAUCAUGCCAUUAUUAAUCAUAGUUACCAACAUUAUUGCAGCUGUCAUUGGAAUAUCAAGGACCUUAUACGCCGUCAUUCCCCAAUGGAAUAAGCUACUAGGAGGACUCUUCUUCAGUUUUUGGGUUCUGGCUCACAUGUACCCAUUUAUGAAAGGCUUGAUGGGAAGGAGAGGAAAGAUACCUACUAUCGUAUAUGUAUGGGCGGGACUGGUCGCAAUCACAAUAUCUUUGCUUUGGCUGCUAAUCAAUCCUCCUGGCGGUGGCUUGGCUACUGCUGGUGCUGGAGACUUAAAGAUAUAA